UUUUUCCCUCUUUUGCUCACAUGUACCAGAAAAAGCGACUUAGUUUAGCGGCUCGGCUCACAUUCACCGCAGGAGAUAGGCGGAAGUAGGAGAAAUGACUAAACAGCUCGUAGCCGCGCAGUGACGUCACAGGUUGUCGAUGUACUUUUGUUUACAAGCAAAGAUGGCGGAUUUCUAAUUCGACUUUCGGGAGAAGGAAACUUCCGGCCAUGCGUCGUGACGACUCCUCCUCCAGCCGCAGGAAAGGCCCCGCCCCGAAGCGUCGGCCGCCGCACACCUCCGCGCCACACCCCGUGAGGCCAGGAAAGUCUCCGAAGAAGCGAAGGUUCCGUCCGGGUACCAAGGCCCUGAUGGAGAUCAGGAAGUACCAGAAGAGCACCGACCUUCUCCUGAGGAAGGCGCCCUUUGCCCGCCUGGUGCAUGAGGUGUGCCAGACUUUCGGCAGAGGGUCCUUCAGGUGGCAGGUGUUGGCCCUGCUGGCCCUGCAGGAGGCGGCCGAGGCCUUCCUGGUCAUGUUGUUCUCCGACGCCAACCUCUGCACCAUCCACGCCAAGAGGGUCACCUUGUUCGACCGCGACAUGCAGCUCGCCCGCAGGAUCCGAGGAUCGGAUCAUCUCUAGGCCCCACAGGGCUUCUUUCUGAAUAAAAGUCUUGCAGUCUAA